AUGUCUCAGCCCUCCGGCGUCCACACAUCGUCCAGCUUUGAAACUACAGAUGGGUUACCAUUAGACGCGCUACAAUACCUCAUUCCUGACGAUUCCCUAUCCCAACGCGAAAGCCAGAGCCAACUACUAUCUGAAAGCCAGUUUGGAUCAGUUCCAGACCUUCCAGACCUUCCAAACCAUCGACCGCGCGUAGCAUCUCAUGCCCCAAGCACCCUUACGCGAAUCAAGCCCGACCGUAUUAACGAAUUUAUCGUCUACACACCAGAAAUGACAGCGGAAUUCGUUAAGUGCCCUACAAACCGUCGUGCAGAGUGCUGGAAAGGGUUCCAACAAGUUGCAAAUGCCAAAGAUGGAAAGCCAGGCGUUAUGUGUAAUAAGUGCCGCACAGUUCUUACGCAUCCAGCUACAAACCAUACUGGAACUUCAUCGAUGCAGAAACAUCUCGCUGGGAUAAGGUGCCGCCAGCAACUACCGAAGAAGGCUAAUAUUCAGCAACUACUUAGUGACGCGGCCGAGAGAAGACCAGCGCCUACCUUUACCCAGCAAAUAUGGGAGCAGAUGCUUCUUGAUCUAAUCACUACAUCUCAUUUACCGUUCCUAUUCGUCGAGCAUCAAAAAUUCCGUAACCUCUUUUCCUACGCACGGCUAGCACCCACACCACCAAGCUUUCCAUCAAGAAAGGUGAUUCGCGAGCGCCUCCGGAGUUUCGUGAUAGAGUAUCAACAGGAGACACUGCAACGGCUCCCAUCUAGUGCAAAACUAUCACUUGCACUUGACUGUUGGACUUCACCAUUCCAGGACGCAUUCAUGGCUAUCACAGGAUACUUCCUAGACCAGGAAUGGGAGUAUCGCGAGGUCCUCCUUGGAUUUGAGCCACUUUCUGGAACUCACUCUGGCGUGAACCUCGGUGAGGUUGUUCUCCAGAUUUUACAAAAACACCAAAUCACUAACCGUGUGCUGGCGGUGACAACUGAUAAUGCGUCUAAUAAUAAGACACUUGUCACAGCGGUGAAUGAUUCAAUCCGGGAACUACAGCUAAGGACGGAUUCAACGAUUAUCCAAGUGCCCUGCCUUGCGCAUGUUAUCCAAUUGAGUCUAGUUGAAUUACUUGGUAAAAUCAAGGCUUCACCGAAGAAUGAAAAUGCCGAAUCAGAAUGGUCUGAUGAUCGUGUACGAUUACUUCGUGCGCGCCAGCAGAAGCGAGAUAUCGCCGAUACUCUGAAUAAGGUUCGAGGUCUUGCGGUUUUUAUUAAUGGAAGCCCUCAACGCAAGGAAGCAUUCCUAAAUCUCAAGUCUAAUAGGCAAAAGCUUGUCCCAAUCCAGGACGUUUGUACGCGAUGGAAUUCGACGUUUCUUAUGCUCCGACGGGCAAAAAGGCUUCAUAUCACAUUUGACGAGUACUGUUUGCUCCAUGAUCAACCCAAUUUUGCAUUAAGUGCAGAAGGGUGGCGACAGAUUGACUAUCUGCUUUACAUCCUCCAGCCCUUCUUCACGUUCACUACAUUAGUUUGUCAAACUAAAGACUCCAGUAUUCACCUCGUCUUUAGUAUUUAUAACAGGCUCUUUGAUCAUCUUGAAAGAUCUAUGCGUCAGCUUCGUCGAAAGAAGGUGACCUGGAAACAGCUGAUGCUUUCCUCCCUAAUAGCGGCGAAAGAAAAACUAUCAAAAUACUACGGUAUGACUGAUCUUGUCGAAGGUGAUCUCUAUGCAAUUGGAACCAUCUUAGAUCCGUCAAAUAAGAUGGAGUUCUUUUCAACAAGUGAUUGGGCCCCAGAACACAAUAUUGAAAAGGACUAUAAAAAGCAAUACCAUGAGAGUCUUCGGUCUCUUUUCGAGACAUACAGCCAAUAUACUCUAUCAGAUAUGACACAGUCUGAUAGUAUGUUAUUACCAGCCAAAUCAGCGCUUGAGAGGGCCUGUAAGGGCGAUUCCUUACAGUUUCGGCAAUCAACCGGUCCGCAACACGACGAGCUAACUAGAUAUCUCCAGAGUGCCACUAUCGAUGAAUCUGCUCGGAUCUUCUGGAGAAAUCAUGAGAAGGAGUUCCCUAUUCUUGCAAGGAUUACCCGUGAUAUAAUGUCAAUUCCAGCGACUGGUGCCGGAGUUGAGCGUCUUUUUAACUCUGCCCGGGACGUUUGCCACUACCGCCGGGGGUCGUUGAACCCAGAGACUGUUCGCGAUAUCAUGUUGUAUAUGUGUACAACAAGAUUCGAUACUAAGGAGGAGCAGCGAGUGAUUCUCCAAGAGUAUCUUUCAGAGGAAGAGAUCGCAGCUUCGUCUGAAGAACUUGAUAUCCAGACAACUUGCUAUGAGGCCAUUAGUGAUACCGAGGAAGGCGUCGAGAUACAUCUUAAUACACCGGCUACAACAGUAACUACGCAAGCAACCCAAGACGCACCACCACUCUCAGCGGUCGCCGCUGGAAAGCGGCGGGCGGUCUCUUCUGACGAUGAGGAAGACUCUGAUAGCGAUGAAUUUACACAUCCAGUUAAGAACUUGGCUUUACCCUUACCUGAUAUGCAGCAUCGUGUAUCAGGUAGGAUACGGAAGAAGUCGAGACUACUAGAUGGGUAUAUAGUUUGA